CGUACUGAGCUGCUGUGGCAAAGUGCAUGGACGUUGGUUGGUGUUUCUCCCCUUUUUGAACGCAGCGGUGAUGAGAGCAGGAUCAGCUGAUUGAUAAGGGAGGACAAAGCUGCUUGCACACGUCACACUUUAAUUCUUUGCUGGCGGGAUGGACGGGAUGCAGGCAGAGAACGCCGGAGUUGAUGACAUCGGGGAAAAAGCAGAGGACAGGUAUCGCGCGCUCGCCUAUGACACCGCUCUGAGCACUCUGGUUGCUGUAUUUGUGUACGUGGUAGUAAAAGUAAGUCUGGAUGGAAUCAGACAGUGGCGGGCCAGGAUCUCGGUGCUCAUCGUGGGGUCAGGUCCCGUGGGGUUGACGGCUGCGCUGGUCGCUGUCCGCUCUGGAAAGGUGCUGAAACUGACCGUGCUGGAUGAGAGGUAUAGGACCUCGCUGCUCUGCCGGCCUCAACAGAUCGCUCUGGACCCCCGCAGUGUCAAGUUUCUGCUGGGACUCGGAGUGGACUUUGAUAAUAUGGAGGGCUGCUGGCACAACGAUCAUUUCUUCACCAGGAUCGGGGUGUUCCAGGAGUACUUGCUGAGCAUCCUGGAGCAGAAGAAGCAGAAGGUUGAGGUCAAAGUGCAACUGGGAACCAAGUUCACAGAGGAGUACCUGCGGAGGAUUCCUCACAAUAACUGGCCACGUGUGAUCGUGGUGGCUGAUGGGUCAUGUGGAGACUCAUGCUCAGUGCUCGGAAUCAGCUCUGACUACACUGUGGAGUCCUGCCAUGCUUACGGAGCAAAUGCUGCUAUUGAGAGGCUUGACCAGAGACAGGUUCCCACUCCUGAGAUCAGAGCCCACAGCCUCUACUUUGACCUCUCUGCUUAUGGAGUGGAGGCCCUGCGGGAGCACCGAAACCCUACCUCCAAACCUGGCUUCCACCUAAAGAUCUACGGCACCUUCAGGAACCGCUACAUGGCCCUCGUCUGUCCCUUCUCCGACACCAAGAUGGUCCGCUUCCUGAGGCACACAGCCAACUCCUCUAUCAUGAAGAACAUUUUCCACCAGUCCUUUAACGCCUAUAAGACUGACAUUGAACCUCGUCUCAGUGAUGUGACGCUGCACCACAUGCAGUGUAGCCGCCGUCUCUUUGAGAUCCAGCUAUCCCACAGACGCAUCAGUGCUGCCUACAUCGAGGGGGACAACGUUGCGGUGACUGUGGAAGGGGAGGCGGCUCGUGUGCUCAACUUUGACACAGGUUGUGGGGUGAAUCUGGGUAUGCGCGGUCUGGAGUCGAUGGGGACGUUUAUUUACCGUACAGCUACCGCUGUGGACCAGAACGAUAUCCUGGAGGCUCUGUCAGCUAAGAUGCAGCACUCUAGACAGGUGGCUGAGACCAUCAAGCAGACUGGCCUGGCUGAAUAUAUGUAUGAGUGAUGGAGGACAGCCUGACGAAUACAUAACACCACCUAGUGGACGUUGGUGGUGGGUUGUUAGAGUUCACAGCGAAUGGUUUUAAUGAAUCAUGACUCUGUUGUUGAAAUAGACCUCUAAUGAUUCUAUGGUGAACAGGGCUGAAUGAGCUAUAACUGGAUAGAUAACGGAUGUGAACAUGUGACCAUAAGUCUUUGUGACACACAAUAAGUGGAUGUACUUUGAAUGGAUGAAGUGAGAAUAACAAAGGCCACAUUUAGUACUGAACAUUUGAAGCUAUAACGCAUUUUUAAGUGGCAAAACGGCAAACUGCAGCAGAAAGAGAAAGUUGAUGUCAAACAUAUUCAGUGAGAAACUGAAUGUCCAUUACCUGUGCAUUGCCCUUUGGAUUUCUCUGUGAAAAAACUGAGAGUGUUGGGGUAAAUCAUGUGUUCUGUACAGAACCCAGAUAACUUAAAACUCUGCAGGGAAAGAAUAGACUUUUCAAAUUGAAGCACACUGUGCUCUUCUGACCUCACAUGUGUGGUUGCUGAUGGAAUGUGUUCAGAAACUAAACUAAUGUCCAUGAUUUUAGAGACACGCGUCUCUAAAACAUAUGAGUCUGUUGAGGUAAGGCGGCUUGUGAUUAUCAAACCUUCCGUCUUUGUGCUUGAUGGAACACCUUGUAAUAACUGUGCUGAUGAUGUUCAGAAGUGUUUGUUAAAGUGUCUUAUUUUGUCCUCUGCCUUGUAAGAGAAGAUUUUAUAUUUUCAAUAUGAAGGAUACUGAAAUCAUAUUAUGAGCCAAUUGAAUUGUUGCGUUAACUUUACUGAUAUUUUCACCUUUUAUUUUAUACCUUUCUCAAGGUGAUCUGACAGUACUCCGGCAUCACCCCUGAAAGUAUCUCAUUCUAGAUAAAGAAGAGUGUACUCAAAGUAACAACCUUCUCCUGUUAAAGAGGCCAUUAAAGUGAUGUAAGGAGAAAU